AUGUCCCCGGUUGAAGGCACCGCGGAGCCCGCUGCUGUUAAUGGUGGUGGUGGUGAUGGCGCCGCCGCCGCUACCACCGCCGCUACCACCGCCGCAACCCCAGCCGCAGCCGCAGCCGCAGCCUCUUCCGCACCUCCACCGGUCGCGAGGCGCCGGACCCAUCGAAAGUCGAGGCAUGGAUGUGCCUAUUGUAAAGGAAGGAGGAUAAAGUGCGAUGAGCUGAGGCCGGCAUGUUCCAACUGUGUCAUUCGCGGGCUUGUCUGCAGCCUGAGCGCGACUGUGCCGCCGGCAACCGACGGCAACGGAUCAGGCACCGACGGCAAUGGCCCGUUGUCCUCAACAUCCGAGCCUGGGCCAUUACCCAGCCUUAUAGAUAGCUCUUCCACCGCCGCCGCCGCCGCCGCCGUCCAGCAACUGCCUCUGCCACCAUUACCGCCGACAACCGUACGCUCGCCUCCGCCAAGGCGAUCAUUUGGCCUGUUUCCCCUCGCGACUAGGAAUCUAGGCACCCUCGCCAUGGCAGCAACAAGUCCUCAUGCGGCCCUUGAACAGCAACCGGCAUCUCUCACACCCACGGCGCCUCACCAGCAACAUAUUCCUCCAGUCUCGCCCUACCAGCAAACCCCUUACACCAGCAUCAGCACCGGGCUUCCCAUGAUGACAGGUGGCCUGGACUAUGACGACCUCCAUCUCCUCCACCACUUUGUCACCUUUACCUCCAAAACAUUUGGCAACGCCCACAUCAUCCAGCGCUUUUGGGCCACCACGGCCCCGGAAGUCGGCUUCCAGCACCACUUCGUGCUGCACGCCAUCUUGGCCGUUGCAGGUCUCCACCUGGCUCAGCUGAGCGUUCCAAACUCUGCCAAACGCCAACAUAUACGGCGCAAGGUCGACCACCACUGGGAUGUGUCUCUUCGACUUGCCACCCCGUUGCUGGGCGACCUCAACGCCGACAACUGCGAUGCAUUAAACGUGUUUACAGGUUUGACGUGCAUAUACAUAUUCGCCCGCGGCCCUCAAGCGGGGAGUUAUCUUCUGUUUGAUGCCGAAAGCCCCGUCGAAGGAGAAGGCAGUGCCGAGACGCUGAUUGCGAAUGGGGCACUCAACGGGGACGGGAUGACCGAGGGCAGCGCAGUGGCUGCGGCAGCCACCAGGGGCAUAAGCACAACCGAAGAGUGGCUCGUGUUCUUCCGCGGCUUGCGGUCCGUCAUGAAAGCCACCGAGACGGCGCGCAGGGCCAAAAAGGGACGCAGCAUGAGCUCGGUCAGCGACGAUCAGCCGUGGGGUCUGAUGGACCAGAUGUUCGGCCCAGACGACGUCAUGACCGAGGAGGACCUUGACGAGCUCCACGGAGAAGACCAGGUCAUGAGCGAGCCCGACCUGGAGCAGAGGACGAUGCACGACGGCAGCUCGGAGCGACGCUCCAGCAUGACCUCGGGCAGCCACCAGUCGUACCACCGGCGCCGUCGCGACCCCCUCGCGGACGGCGGGUUCGCGACCCGCAGCACCCCGAUGAAGGACCUCCGCGACGUGAUCCGCCAGCAGAUCCGGGCCGACGACCCGGACCGCGAGGUGUACGCGUCGGCGUUUGCCGAGCUGGCGGCGUCGUACGCGACCGUGUUCGAAAGGGACAUGAGCACGCGGCAGACGAGCGCCCAGGUCGUCUUUGGUUGGAUGUACCACAUCUCGGACGACUUUAUCGAGCGCGUCAAGGCCAGACACCCGGUCGCCCUCGCCAUCUUUGCCCACUUUGUCGUGCUGUUGAGCGUCCUCGAGCUCAAGUGGACCACCAAGGGCUGGCCCGAGCACCUGCUCUCCGGCAUAUACGACGCCCUGGGCGCGGCAGGGAGGCUCUGGAUACGCUGGCCGAUGGAGCGGGUCGGGUGGCUUCCUGGAUAG